CUGGUCUAUUCGGGGGAUGGUCUUGUGCCAAUCAGCGAACUGGUCGGGAAGACGCCCGCGCUGUCCUUGGAUAGCAGGGCGGGCGCGGAAGGUUCAUUCGCCAUCAAGGUGUGGCAGAGCGGCGUAAAGCCUGUGUAUCGUCUGGUUACGCGGGAAGGCUACACGCUGAAGCUGACUGCCGACCAUGAGAUAUUCACCACGCGCGGCAAGGUUGCUACUUCUGAACUGAAGCGCGGAGACCGCAUACGCCUGCUGGAUCACAAGGGCUAUUUCGGCAGUCUAGGCGAUAGAAAUCUGGGCUUGACGCUUGGAUGGCUCACGGGCGACGGGCAUAUCGAUGUCAAGCGCGCCGUGCUGAGUUUCUACGGAGAGGACCACAAGGUCGGCCCGAUACUCGCAGAGGCUACACAGUCGGUGGUAGCGGGCACGGGGCAGCGUCCGACCAGAGUUUAUCCCACAGGCAUGCACAUUACGAAAGAAGGACGCGGCAUCGUGCAGUCAACGCGCUUGCGGGAUGUGGUCAGAGACUUCGGCCUCACCGAAAACGACUGGCAUUAUGUGCCCGAUGUGGUUUAUCAAGGGACGGAGGAUAUGCAGCGCGGCUACCUGCAAGCCCUAUUUGGCGCUGACGGCACAGUGGCGGGCAAAGACUCGAAGAAAGGCGUAAGCGUUCGCCUGAACUCCUCGUAUCCCGCGCUGCUUGAAGGUGUGCAGCGGCUUUUGCUUAACUUCGGCAUCGCCUCCCGCAUACAUCUGAGGCGCGGAGAACGAAUGACGUUGAUGCCUGAUGGCAAGGGAGGGUCUAAGGAAUACAAGACUCUGCCGAACUACGAAGUCAUCAUCGGCAAGGAUAAUGUUCUGCGCUUCCGAGAUGAGAUUGGUUUCCUGAGUGAAGCCAAGAACGCCACACUUGCGGGACAGGACAGCGUCUUACAGCAAGCGGGGCUUCUACAAGGAUCGCUUCCUUGCGACCUUCGACCGUCUUGA